ACAGAUUUAAUGAAAAAAUAUAUCGCUGGAUCUUGCUCGUGGAGCGGGAGCAUCAUACAAGUCAUAAGUUAGGAUGAAGAGAUCGAAAACAUGGAUGGAGGCAUUACUCUCCAGUCACUACUAGUAACAAUGAUGCUUUUUGUACUGUACCCAUACGCAGAAAGUCAGUGGGUCCCACAUUUCCCGUUAGCUCCAGUUCGUCCACCUCCACUCUGUGCAUCACAAUACGCAUUAGCCAAUCGUGCUUGUGCUAUGUUGCCUUAUACCCCAAUCCCACCCCCAUCUCCCCCUUCCCCACCUACCCCACCACCCCCACCACCCCCGACGCCGACUCCUCCAUCCUAUGGUCAUGGUCAUGGUCACGGGCAUGGGCAUGAGGUUGACCAUGGUCAUGGACAUGGACAUGGUCAUGGGCAUGGGCAUAGACAUUCGAGACAUGGGCAUGUAGAAACUCAGGCUGAAGGGGAUUGCUGUAGGUGGUUAAAAGAAAUCGACGACGUCUGCGUUUGUGGGCUUUUGGUUCGUUUGCCUGCGUUUCUUACUCGGCCUGUUCACAAUUAUACCGUUGUUGUGGACGAAUCGUGCACUAUUUCGUUCGCCUGCGGUUCAAGGUUGACACCCUAAUAGCUACCCCUUCUCAAUACUCCAAUAAACGAGGAAAAUUUGUCUGAUUUUAUUAUUAAUAUAAUAUAGAUAUAUAGAUAUAUUUAUGUCAUUGGAUAUUGUAAGGUUUAUUUUUAGUUUAUGUAAUAUGAAAUUGUAAGACCUGUUAUUUUGAGAUUAUGCUCUGGCAAUGUUUGUGCACCACCAUCUUGAAGAUGGAGAGUAUCAGAAAUAUCUUAUU